GCGUUUGUCUCUAUCUGAUCGUCCCGUGAGGGCGACGGCGAUAUGAGUUGAUCGGACCCGUCUCUCACCACUGUACUGCUCACCAUGUUGAUAGUCUCCGGUGGCCUGCUGCUGGCUUGGAGCAGAGUGGUAGCCGCCAGCGACCCAUCAGCACGUUCGGCCUCUCCAGCAACACAGAAUGCCAACCACAUCUUCAAUGCCGUGCACAGCUCGAUGCGACAAUGGGGCUCGUCUCUGCAUCAUAACGGGAUGAGCGUGUUUGUGGCGACCGUCCCUGAGGGAACGCAGUUGUACCACGGCACGAGCCAUUCGGAACGCGUGAACGCCACUGAAUGGCUCGCCUUUGAGCCCGAACAUGCCCUGGUGUUUGCUCGAUCUCGACGCCCCGGUUUUCCACCGGGAAGAGGUCAUCCGCCGCGAGGCGAUGGUGACCAUGGCCGUGAAGACUGGUAUUCACGUGAGAAUAUGCCAGAAGAUCUCCGAGAGACACCCAAGCAAGAAUUGAAAGCGAGGCAUCCGCAUGAGCCUUACGAGAGAAGGCCACUGUCUCACACGAUGGGACAGAGUGAACCUGCGCGAGUCUCCUCUCAGCAGAUCCCGCUUCAGGAUGAGCCAGAGGAAGAUGCAACUGGUUAUUUGCAUACCUAUCGCGUCAAGCACAAUCUUCGAUUGCUCUAUAUCGAUGGACAGUCUGCUGCAAAGUCUACCAAGGGCACAUUAGACAUGCAAGACUUUGUCCUGCUCCACAACGCUCAACCCGACGCAGACAGCCGGCCCCCUCCCCGAUCGCAUGACUUCUUCAGAGCGCCGCCUUCCGAGGAUGGGCGACCUCCUCCUACAGGCGGAGUCCUGAACGAAGGCUUCCGAGCGGAUCAUCUCUGCGCCAUGGCUCGGACGGAUUGGGCAGGCAAGAUUGAUGGAUUUCUCAGGAUGGAAUUAGGCUUCGAAAUCAUCCUCUGCUCCUUCGAAGACGGCCUUGACGUCGAGCGAAUCACCCUGGCCAAGGCAACGAACGAUCCACUCGGGCCAGGUGGAAUUACCAUCAACUACUACCGGGCAGUAGCAUCUCGCUUCGACGGCAUUGGCGGCGACCGAGUCCGCAUUGACUACGACAAUUUCGUGACAUUGUACACAUUCGACAAUGCCGUAUCCUUCGCCAACGACGGUUUGCCUCGCGCGAACAACGACACCAAAGUUGUCACGCCCAUUCUCGAAGCCAUUACCAAUUUGGCACUCUCAGAAUCUGCAGCAGAAAAAGAUUCACCAGACUGGCAAGCGGUCGCAGACAUGGUCGUCUCGCGGUACUCCGACCGCAUCGAUUAUCUCACCUCGGGAACCAUAAUCCUCAACGAAACCGACCUCAAAAAUGAAAUCGAAUGGGCCAUUCGCCCCUACAUCGACUACAACCACCGCAACAAAUCUCUCGAAAUUCAACGCUGCGCCACCCAAUACUUCCCUUCUCUCCUCCCUCCUCCUCCUCCUCCUCCUCCCACUGCCAACAAUCAUAAUAAUCAUAAUAAUCAUAAAUAUAAAUAUAAUACCACCACCACCACCGCCCCCCGCGCAAUCCUCCACGUCACAACCCAUCUCUGCGCCGCAUUUUUCUCCGCCGCAGAGCAACCUUCUACCGAAGAAGCAAUUUCCACCCUGCGUAAGCUGAAGCAAUGGCUCAAUUGGACGACUUUUAAGCGCUGUAGAACUUGUGCGGUGAAUCAAGUCUGUUUUUUGCCGAUUUGGCCGGCGGGUGGACAGGAGGAUUUUGAUCAUCCGAAAUGUGUUCAGAGUCUGGAGGAGAUCGGGGAGGGUUAUUGGGGGGAUUGGUGGAGGCCGCGUCUUCUGUCGCCGCUGCGGGGAGAUGGGUAG